AUACUGGCGCUUCGUGGGACUCCUGCGCAUUCAGAUGCGAGGCAACUGCGAAGGCAGCUCCUUGCCCUGUGUGAGCGCUUCGCGCGAGAGUUUGCCUGUGAGGAUCUCCGGUGGGCUGCUAGCCACUACUGGAGCCGGGCGGUGGCGGUGGCUGGGGCCACGCCAAAGCCUUUCCGGGCACUAAUCCCGGGAGUUGACUUGCUGAACUUCGAUCCCGAUGCGCCAAACUACUUCCGCGUGGCUGGGAAAAGCAUCGUCUACGUUGCAGGCAGAGAUUACGCUGCUGGCGAGGAGAUUCGCGACAGCUACGGCAAAGGUAUGCCAUGA